GUUGUCCUGAGCUGUAGACGAGAGGAGGAGAGACUGCGACUUCCCUUUCCUUUCUAAUUUUCAGCGAUUCUGAGGCUUCCGUGAGUAGGAGACAUGGAGAUCCACCGGCUAGAACACAGAAGCCAGGAGGAGCAGAAGGAGGAGAGGCAGCAGAGUCUGCAUAUGUCCUCCUCCACCCAAAGACGAACCUUCCACACAAGUGAGGAAGAGGAACAGUUUAGCUCCCUGGAUUAUUCCCUGGCAGCUGCCCUGGCCCUGACUGCUGCAGAGACAUCAUGGGAAGCCAAAUUGAGGAGCGAGGUCUCCGUCCUGGAAGUGGAAACGCGUGGUGAGAAGCGGGUGGGCUUCAAGAAUGACUGGGAGAAAACCGAGAUUGACAUCCUGAAUGUCUGCCACAUGCUUCGGGAAAGAGUGGACCGGAAAGCGCUAUGGAGGAGGACAGAGGAGAAGAUCCGAGAGGCCAAAGAGUUGAAGGAGCUAUGCUCCAGUCGAGGUCCCUUCUUCUGGAUCCCUCUCCGCUCCCACACCAUCUGGGAAAAUCAAUCUGUCUUGUUGACCUGCACUGUGUAUGCCUCCCCUCCACCUCAGGUCAUCUGGUACAAAAAUGAUGUUAAGAUUGAUCCUCGCCUCUUUCCUGCUGGGAAGUACAUCAUGAAGAAUAAUUUUGGAUUGUUCACCUUGGAGAUCAGGAGAUGCACAGUAGAGGAUUCAGCCACUUACACAGUAAAGGUGAAGAACGCCUAUGGUCAAGCCUCCUCUUUUGCCAAAGUCCUUGUUCGGAAACACCUGGGAAAAGAGGCUGGCUUCGAUUCAGAGCUACUUAAAAGAUUUCUGCUUGGCCCAGAUGUUGAGUUUGAAUCUGUGCUGCAGCCUCUUUUUGCCAGGGAGAAGGAGCCCUUCAUCUUGGCCUGUACGUUCACUCAAGAUGUGCCUGAUGGCCAGAGAAACAUCCAGUGGUUCAGAGACGGGAUGCUGCUACAGAUCUCCAAAAGGCGCCAGCUCCAAUACUUGGACCGCCAGGCCUCUGUGAAAGUGUCCUGUGCUUAUAAAGAGGAUGAAGGACUGUACAAAAUCCAAGUGCCCUCUCCCUUCGGCUCCAAGGAGCAGAGUGCCUAUGUGUUUGUGAGAGAUGCCCCUGCGGAGAAAGCUGGGGCUCCAGGAUCCCCACUGAACGUCCAGUGCCAUGAUGUGAAUAGAGACUGCCUGAUUCUGACCUGGGUCCCACCCAGUGACACCCGGGGCAGCCCUAUCAUUGGCUAUACCAUUGAGAGGUGCCAGGGAGAAUCUGGGGUGUGGGAGGCCUGUCAUGAGGCCCCUGGAGGAACUUGCCGGUGCCCUGUUCGAGGACUCAUUGAGGGGCAGAGCUACCGCUUUCGGGUGAGAGCCAUCAACAAAGCAGGCACCAGCCUCCCUUCCAAGGCCACAGAGUUGGUCACUAUGCGAGACCCCAAGGAAGCCGAGAGGAAGACAGUGAUCCCUUUUGAUCUUAUGAGGAACAUCACAGUCAGCAAAGCUGAUACUGAAGACUUGGUGACCAUCCCCUUGCCUCCCACCAAUGUCCGAGCCAGUGAGACUCGGCAGGCUUAUGUCCUCCUGUCCUGGGAUGAGCCAUGCCCCCGAGGCAAAGAGGACCUGACCUACCUGCUGGAGAAGUCAGUCAUAGGCAGCAAUGCUUGGGAGGCAGUGAGCUCGGAGACCCCUGUGAAGUCCCCAAGAUUCGCACUCCUGGAUCUGGAGAAAGGGAAGGAGUAUCGAUUCAGAGUACGAGCAGCAAACCGGUAUGGCCUGAGCGAUCCUUCAGAGCCCAGCAAACCAAUCACCCUCGGAAGUCAGCCAGCUACUCUUCCCCCUCCGGCUCAAGUCCAAGUUUUCAGAGACACAAAAACCUCUGUCUCCCUGAUUUGGGACCAUGUGACAGGAGACUCUGAGCUCCUGGGCUAUUACAUAUAUUCUAGGGAAGCAGGCGCUUCUGAAUGGCAAACUGUUAACAACAAACCCAUCAAGAGUAACAGGUUUUCGGUCCCCGGACUAAAAACAGGGAAGGAAUACGUGUUCUGUGUCCGGUCAGUCAGUGAAGCUGGAGUGGGAGAGAGGUCAGCAGAAACAGACCCUAUCACCGUCAAACAAGCCAUUGCCACACCCUCUGCCCCCUAUGGAUUUGCCCUCCUGGCCUGCGGGAAGAAUGACAUGGUUAUUGGGUGGAAGCCCCCAAAGCGCAAAGGCGGAGGCAAGAUCCUGGGCUACUACCUGGACCAGCAUGAGGAGUCAGCGCCCGAGUGGCUGCCAGUCAAUCAGCAGCCAGUGCCUACCCGAGUCUAUAAGAUCAGUGACCUCCAGGAGGGACAUUUCUAUGAGUUCCGUGCUCGAGCAGUCAACUGGGCAGGUGUAGGCGAACUCUCAGAGCCCAGCGACCUGUUUGAAUGUAAGGAGUGGACCAUGGCCCAGCCAGGACCCCCAUAUGAUGUGAGGGCUUCUGAGGUGAGGGCCAGUUCCCUAAUGCUGCGUUGGGAACCCCCACUGUACAAAGGAGCGGGGCCCGUCACUGGCUACCAUGUGAGUGUCCAAGAAGAAGGUUCUGAGAAAUGGAAGCCACUUGUCCCAGGUCCUGUCUCAGACACCCACCUGAGAGUUUCAGAUUUGGAACCAGGAAAAAGUUACAAGUUUCAGGUACAGGCUGUGAAUUCAGCUGGGAUAGGGCAGCCAUCUCUGCCCUCUGACCCUGUACUCAUGGAAGAUAAACCAGAUGCCAGGGAAAUCAAGGUUGGUGUGGAUGAAGAAGGCUCUAUUUUCUUGGCUUUUGAGGCCCCUGAGGCUCCAGAUUCCUCUGAGUUUGAAUGGGCAAAGGAUUAUGAGGGGCCUCCAGACCCAAAGAGAGUCACAGUGAAAGAUGACAUCUGCAGGUCUAAGAUUAUCCUGAAGGAACCAAGCAAAGAGGACCUGGGAACCUAUUCAGUAACAGUCACAGAUGCGGAUGAAGACAUUUCAGCAAGUCAUACUCUGACUGAGGAAGAACUAGAAAAGCUGAAGAAAUUGAGCCAUGAGAUCAAAAACCCGGUGAUUAAGCUGAUAUCUGGCUGGAACAUUGAUAUCCUUGACCAUGGAGAGGUUCGCCUGUGGCUGGAGGUUGAAAAAUUAUCGCCUGCGGCUGAGCUGCAUUUAAUCUUCAAUAACAAAGAGCUCAUCAGCUCUCCAUCACACAAAAUCAAUUUUGACAGAGAAAAGGGACUUGUGGAACUGACUAUUGAGAAUUUCUCUGAUGAAGACAUGGGAACAUACACAGCUCAGCUCCAGGAUGGAAAAGCUAAGAACCAGAUUUCCCUGGCCCUGAUUGAUGAUAGUUUUGAUAAACUUCUAAGGGCUUCAGCUGCCAAACGGAGAGACUGGAAGAGAAAACAAGGUCCCCAUUUUGUGGAACCUUUGAAGUGGAAGGUCACUGAAGAAUGUAAAGUGGUUCUGACUUGCAAGGUAACAAACACUAAGAAGGAGUCUCGAUUCAAGUGGUUCUUUCAGAAGAAGGAGAAUCCAAAGGGCCAGUACAAUGCUGAGACAGGGGAUGGCCUACUAGUGAUCCCAGAGAUAUCUAAAAAAGACCAGGGUACAUACAUGGCUGUGAUUUCGGAUGACCGAGGGGAAGAUGACACCAUCCUUGACCUCACAGGUGAAGCGUAUGAUGCCCUCCUUAAUGAGCUCUGCAGGAUCAGCGCCUUUUCUGCCACACCAUUGAAAAUCCAGGGCACUGAAGAAGGCAUCCGGAUCUUCAGCAAAGUGAAGUUCUAUGAUGUAGACUACAUGAAGACCUCCUGGUACCACAAAGAAAAGCGACUGGAAAGUGGUGACCGGUUGAAGACAGGAAGUACUUUGGAUGAAAUCUGGCUCCACAUUCUAGAUCCCAAAGACUCUGAUAAGGGCAAAUACACCCUAGAAAUCUCAACUGGGAAGGACAUUCGUAAACUCACAGCUGACUUGUCAGGCCAAGCUUUUGAUGAUGCUCUGGCUGAACAUCAGAAACUGAAGCAGGCUGCAGUCAUAGAGAAGAAUCGUGCGAAAGUUGUAAAAGGCCUGCCAGAUGUCGCCACUAUUAUGGAGGAUAAGACCCUGUGCUUGACAUGCAUCAUCUCAGGAGACCCAUCCCCAGAAAUCACCUGGUUGAAAAAUGACCACCCUGUGGCCUUCCGUGAGCGCUAUCGAAUGGAAGUAAAGGGGACUGCGGUCACCAUCACCAUUGAGAAAGUCUGCAGUGAAGACAGCGGGCGCUAUGGCAUCUUCGUCAAGAACAAAUAUGGUUCUGAAACUGGGCUGGUCACUGUCAGUGUAUUCAAGCAUGGUGAAGAGCCCAAAGAGUUGAGGGGGCAAAAAUAACAAGAGUUUUCAGAAUGUCCAGCCCUGGGCCAGACCCCAGUGGAGCCCAUGUGGUGUAGCGGAAAGAAGGCUGGACUUGAGGCUUAUUAGCUUUGUAACUUUGGGCAAGUCACCCUCUCUUUCUGAGCCUCAGUUUUCUUAUCAGCAAAAUGGGAAUAAAUAAAAAUUGCAUUGUCCACCUCACCCAGUUGUGGUUAGGAAAGUGCUUUGUAAAUGAGAGUUCUAAAAUAGUUCAGAAAAAAGCUAUUAUUAUAAGAUUCACCAUACAGGAUUAAUCCAUAUGAACCAUGUGGAAAUAGAGGGGAGAUUUUUAGAAUUGAAGACAAAAGACUUGGGUUUAAAUCCUGGUUCUGCUUCUUACUGCCAUC